GGCAGCCGGCCGGGCGCAGAGCAGAGCCGAGCGCCGCGCACCCCGUCGCGCCCGCCGUGCCCGCCCAGCGCAGCCUCCGCGGGCUGUGUGCUCCAGGCUUCAAUGAGGAGUCCAAAUAUGGAGACAUUCAAGCAGCAGAAGGUGGAGGACUUUUAUGACAUUGGAGAGGAGCUGGGCAGCGGCCAGUUUGCCAUUGUGAAGAAGUGCAGAGAGAAAAGCACAGGGCUGGAGUACGCGGCCAAGUUCAUCAAAAAGCGGCAGAGCCGGGCCAGCCGGCGGGGCCUGUGCCGGGAGGAGAUUGAGCGGGAGGUGAGCAUCCUGCGGCAGGUGCUGCACCCCAACGUCAUCACGCUGCACGACGUCUUUGAGAACCGCACCGACGUGGUGCUCAUCCUUGAGCUAGUGUCGGGAGGAGAGCUCUUCGACUUCCUGGCCCAGAAGGAGUCGCUGAGUGAGGAGGAGGCCACCAGCUUCAUCAAGCAGAUCCUGGAGGGUGUGAACUACCUUCAUGCCAGGAAAAUCGCUCACUUUGAUCUCAAGCCAGAAAACAUUAUGUUGUUAGACAAGAAUAUUCCCAUUCCACACAUCAAGCUGAUUGACUUUGGCCUGGCUCAUGAAAUAGAAGAUGGAGUUGAAUUUAAGAACAUAUUUGGGACGCCAGAAUUUGUUGCUCCAGAAAUUGUGAACUACGAGCCCCUGGGCCUGGAGGCUGACAUGUGGAGCAUAGGCGUCAUCACGUACAUCCUCCUAAGUGGAGCAUCCCCUUUCCUGGGAGACACGAAGCAGGAAACGCUAACAAAUAUCACAGCAGUGAGUUACAACUUUGACGAGGAAUUCUUCAGCCAGACCAGUGAGCUCGCCAAGGACUUCAUUCGGAAGCUUCUGGUUAAAGACACCCGGAAACGGCUCACAAUCCAGGAGGCUCUCAGACACCCCUGGAUCACGCUCUCCUUCAGCAUUGUCUCCUUGUGUAACCACCUUACCCGCUCCCUGAUGAAGAAGGUGCACCUGAGGCCAGAGGAGGACCUGAGGAAUUGUGAGAGUGACACAGAGGAGGACAUCGCCAAGAGGAAAGCUAUCCACCCACGGAGGAGGAGCAGCACCUCGUAGGUGGGCUGGUUGUCUCUGCACAGACUCCGGGUCCCCACUCGUCACCAGCACCCAGGCAUUCUGCAUCCCUGAACGCUUUGCGAGACAGAUAAGCCUGCAGG